CCAUAUUGGAAUAUGAAGUGAAGGAUGCAUGACAUCUGCAGUGAAAAACAGUCACAAGAAAGCUUGUUUUGUCUUUAACAAAAGAUAUGUCGCAGUCAGGAAAUAGUGACAAAAUAUACGAAUGUCAGACCUGUGGAAAAGCGUUUAAACGUCGAACAUACCUGCAGUUGCACGAGAAAAUACAUGGUGAAAAAUGUUACAAAUGUAAUAUCUGCGACAAAUCCUUUAGUCAGCCCGCAGGCCUGUGGAUUCAUAAAAAGCACCAAAGUUGUUUAAAACGAAAUUCACCUAGUAAUAAAGACACCAGCCCAUGCAAUGUCAAUGGACAAUUUGAUGAAGGACAACGAUUUGAUGAUGGAAAACGACACAAGUGCGAUAUCUGCAACCGACGCUUCUCUCAAAAACAUUUGUUAACAUAUCAUAAGAGAACACAUACUGGAGAAAAUCCUUAUCCGUGUACAAUAUGUGGCAAGAUGUUUCGAGGAACAGCUACUCUAAAGUACCACGAAAGAACGCAUACUGGACACAAACCUCAUAAAUGUAUUUUCUGCGUUAAAGCGUUUACUCAAUUAGGACCUUUGAGACUACAUUGCAGGAGCGAACAUCAAUCAGAAAAGAUUUACGAGUGCGAAGUUUGUAAGGAACAGUUCGAGAAAUUCAAAGAGCUAUCAUCUCACAAGAAGACCCAUUUAGGGACUUCAAACCAAGGGAAAUCCCCAUGUCAAACUGUUCAACGUGAAGCCCCUUUGAAUCAAGUCACGAGAGAUCGUUGUCAAAGACAUGGCGAGUUAAAAGUCACCAGGUGUGAGGCACGUUCGAACUUAUCAAUUAGAAGCUGUUCAGUUGAUGAAGAAAGGAAAGGUAUAUCUGUUAGUGAGGAUAAGUCCAGUUCUGGUAGCCUAUUUUGUACCAGAAAAAAGAAAAGGAAUAGUUUCCAAAGUUCUGGUGACUCAGAGAGCACUACUUACAAGACGCAUUCAAAGACAUCAAUUAUAGGUUGUGUGAUCACAAACCAUGCUGAUGAACAGGUGCUAGCAAGAUCGGCGAAAGAAGAGUAUGCCAAUUCCUGUCUUACUGGAAAGAAGUACAAGUGUAAUGUCUGCAGUCAAGCGUUUUCACGUGCACACGUGCUAAAAUAUCAUAAGAGAACUCAUACUGGAGAAAAUCCUCAUGCUUGCACAAUCUGUAGCAAAACGUUUCGAACUCCUGGCGCAUUAACAGUUCAUCAAAGGACACACAAUGGACAAAAGCCUUAUAAAUGUAUAUUCUGCUCUGAAGGUUUCACACAAAGAGGUACUUUGCUGCAGCAUUGUAGACGAAUACAUUUUUCAGAUCAGAUAUACGAGUGCAGUGUUUGUAAAGAGAAAUUUGAAAAGUAUAGAGAUUUGUCAGCUCACAAGCGUGUUCAUUCUGAUGUAUCCUGUACAAUGGUUAAACCGUUGUAUGAUCAAGACAAGGAAGAAGAUGAACUAGAACCUUUGCAAGGUAAUCACCUAGACCUCGUUCCUCCCAUAUCUCCAUUAAAUGUUAAUAUGGGCGAUUGUGAUUCUAAUAAAGAGAAUAACACUCUGGUUUCAGCCGAACUUUUUUGUGAUGUUCCCCAUGAUCCCAAUGAUGGUCACGAAAGACAUUCUGCAAUUGAGCCAAAUGGUACUUACGAACAAGCAGGAAACGUAGGUAUUUCUUGCGCGGAAGAAUGUUUAUCAGCAAUGUAUGCAGAAAAUGACAGUCAAGUGUUAGCUGGACACUCAGAUGGUCACCUGAAACAUUGCACAAAUCUACCUUAUCGUGCUCACAAAGAAAUAAGAAAUAUGAAUAUUUCAUUCUCGGAUGAAUGUUUACCAGUAAGUAUUAAACAAGAGAAAGAAGACAUUGACAGUCCAAAUGACAGUGGAGUAUCUCCAGACACAUCACCAUUGGAUGCCCAUGUUGAAUGUAAUGAACGUGAGUCUGAUUCAAUAUAUGAAGUAUAUAUGGAACCAAUUGAAAUGGAUCGUGAAGGAAAAGAUUUCUUGUCCAUUAUUGGGAACUUUCCUUCUCAAACCACUGGUAAUAUAUCGAUGUCUCUGCAAGAGAGUCAAAACGUUCCGACCGAUGGCGUAGGUGAAUAUUCCAAAACAAUUAGUGAUGAUGAUGAAUUAUCUAAUUGUUCAAGAGUGACAACUCCUGAUAAUGAUCAUAUAUUUUCAUGCUGCAGUAGCGAUCAGCGAAAUUUGUUCUUUGAAAAAACACCAGAAACAAGCAUUUCUUCUCAGUUUCUUCAACCACUCCACCCUGGAUCUUUGGACUCUCAAAAUUGACAAAGGCGCGCAUGGCUGUGCUCGCUUGAGUACAUUAAUGUAAUGUUUCUUAUCAUUGAUUGCUCGUGUAAAAUUGACUAUAAAAUUAUAUUAAUAGGAAAUUACACUUGUUCUCGAAGUAUUAAUGAAAAAUCACACUUCGGACAGUGUUUAAUUAAUGCGGGCUGAAAGCCAUUGGGUGUUAAACAAUUCAAUCGGGCUUUAAACAAUUCAAUCGGGCUUUAAACAAUCGGGCGUUAAACAAUUCAAUCGGGCUUUAAACAAUUCAAUCGGGCUUUAAACAAUUCAAUCGGGCUUUAAACAAUUCAAUCGGGUGUUAAACAAUUCAAUCGGGUGUUAAACAAUUAGAUCGGGCAUAAUCAGUCUGGCUGAAAGCCAUCGGGUUUUAAACAAUUAGCUAUAGAUCGGGCAUAAUAACUCGGGAAACCAAUAUACCCGAUCGAACAAGUUACAGUCAAAAUACAAGAACCUUCCCGCUUUUGUAGUGUGUUGACAUUUUCUGUAAUUUGUUCUGUAUUACUGUGUAAACGGUUACCGAUUUAUAAACAAAUACCGAGAUAAAAUUCAUAUUUCGCAGCUUUCAUGUGUUAAAAAUGCCUUGAAUAAAACGAGAAAUGUAUUUCUCGCCACAAUUUAUUAUAUAGACUGAUAAAGGCUCAUUUCCACUCAAGAAAAUUUUCCACGGACAGAAAUUUUUCCGAAAAUAUCAUGCAUUGAGAGUAAACUUCAAAAAUUUUUUUCCGACGGAAAAUUUUUGUCGGCCAAUCACAUUUUGCAAAUUUUUCUUUCCUUGGAAAAUUUUCCUGAGUGGAAACGGGCCUUUAUACAUGGGUGCUUGGAAAUACCAGAUUUAUUUUUCGUGUUGAACAUGAUAUCUCACUCGUUCGCGCACAGUGUAUUUUUCUGUUUAUUAGUACAGGACACUGAGGACAGUCUUUGAAAAGCGAUAAUUUUUAGAGAAAAGCGAUAAUUGAAAUUUGAAAAGCGAUAAUUUUCACAUGCGAGAUUAUCAUAAAUAACUCACAUGUGAGGUUAUCAGUUUUAUCAGUGCUCGAAAUCUCUAUAAAGCACUAUGGUCU